CAGAACACAUUUUAGUGUACUCGUAUUUCUGUUGAAUCAAUACUGUACGAACCCAGAAACUGUUUUGGCCAAGAAAGUAUUUUAGCCCAAUUAUAGACUAAAUAUUUUUUCUGAAACGGGUAAUCGGCGUUGCUGUCUGACGUUGACAACGAUUUGAUUUAUUCAUACGCGAUCAACUCUGGAUUAAAAUAGCUCGCUCCCUUGCAGGCUAACAAAUUCAUAAUGGCAAUCUUCCUUGUGUUGAUAAUAUUUAACUAACUAGAAUUAAAUGCCAGCUCCCUGAACAAUAAUGCUACGCCUAUUACAGCCUGCCGUUGGAUCAAACUAGGUUAAUUAUAGAUAAAGCAAGUCAACGGGGAGUUUAGUCAUUUGUAUCCCAGUCUUGUGCCAAAAAAUCCUGUGCAUUUCAAAGCGUAUGAAUGUCAGUGUGGUCACACUGCAGAGUAUUUCGGAAAAUUGACCCCAAUCCUUAUGUGAACAUAAAUGUCGUUGCCUCACAACUGAAUGGAAUGCCGCCGAGGAAACGGAAGCUCGACGCCGAAGGGCAGGACGGUAACAGUAGUGCAUCGCCCCAAACUGUGAAGACCACUGGUCCUUCAGCUGGGGACACUGCUGCGACGACCCGUUCUUCGGACACUCUUACCAGCCAAUACUUCUCCACGGAACGUGAAGGUGACGUCAGGCUCGGUGUAAAAUUCUUUGACCAACCCUGUGUCCUCCUGGCCAAAGCAUUCUUGGGUAAAGUGCUGGUCCGGAGGCAGGCCGACGGGACGGUUCUGAGGGGGAGGGUGGUGGAGACGGAGGCCUACCUGGGGGGCGAGGACCGGGCGUCGCACUCCGCCGGGGGCCGGCGCACGGAGCGGAACGCCGCCAUGUUCAUGAGGCCCGGCACCAUCUACGUGUACCAGAUCUACGGCGUCUACCUGUGCAUGAACGUGUCCAGCCGGGGGGAGGGUGCGGCGGUGCUGCUGCGCUCCCUCGAGCCCCUGCAGGGACAGGAAGUGAUGCGGCGUCUGCGGGGGGCCCGGCGAAGGGAAGGCUCGCGGCCCCUGAAGGAGAAGGAGCUGUGCAACGGGCCGUCCAAGCUGUGCCAGGCGCUGGACAUCCCCCGCCACUUCGACCGGCGGGACCUGGCCACCGACGCCGAGGUGUGGCUGGAGCGGGACGUCCCGCGGGGGGACGAGGAGGAGCCCCCCGCCGUGGUGGAGGCCCCCCGUAUCGGGAUUGAGUCCCACGGGGAGUGGGCCACCAAACCGCUGCGCUUUUACCUGAGGGGGCACCCCUGUGUGAGCGUGGUGAACAGACAGGCAGAGAAGCAGAUGGCUCAGCAGCCUGGGCCUGCAGUACCACACACUCUCCACCAGGGGGAGGCACAGCACAGAAUAAAGAUUAAUGAGAACUAAACUUUUUUA